AUGACAGAGGCUUCCUUGAGCUUGUCCACGGUCCUCCCCUUCGCAGGACCUACAAAUGCCGUCGUCAAAGUCACCGACUCUCCUCUCCCCAUCCAAGUUCUCACCCACCCCAGCGCCGAUGGCUUCUCCGUCUUCUUCCCCUUCCACGACCUAGCCUCCCUUAACAGCGGCUCGCAGGACCUCUUCUCGUUCAAGCAGCUCAUUAAAAAUGGCACAGAGGGACAGGACCUGCUUAUUCUCUUCACGGAGGGUUGUGAAGUCGACGGGAAGGCGGACUGCUCGAAAGCAUGCCGUAACGAGACCACAUUUUUCAGUUCCCUGGAAACGUUUUACAAUUGUAUUGCCUUGUCGUCUAUAUCGUACUGGACAAAGGAGACGAAUCGGUACUACAUAUCUGCGGAGGCGGAGCGCAAUGCCAGUGGUAUUAUGGGAUCGAGUUCGCUUGCUUCGUUUGAUGGACGGCCUGUGUUGUCGUCGUUUGUGACGUGUGCACAGGAGGCGUGUGGUGCGGACGGUUUGCACAAGGCGUGCGAUGAUUCGAUUAAGAAGUUGAGCCAUGAUGCGAAUGCGACGGUUAUCUUUAAGGCGAUGGAUGAUUUUUGUCCGGAUAUUCAGGCGGAAAUCAAUCCGGACAUCUUUGGACCUGGUGUUCUCAUCUCCUAUGUCCUCCAAGUCGCAUUUUCCGGAUCUCUCUACCUCGUCCUCAAAGCAUUCACUCUCUACGUCCGCUACACCCACAAAAAGCAAGAAGCCCAAAAACAACUCCAGCGAGCUUCCUCCCGCGGCGGCCUGACCCGGCGUCUCACACGCAUCGAGUCCAUGAUCUGGCGCGACUCGUCUGCCCUCUCGCGCACGAGCAUCGCCCUCGCCACCACGCUCGUCGAAUUCCAAGAAGCGCAAUGCUGGUUCGUCUUUGCCAUCCAAAUCGCCUCCAUCCUCGCCAUCGUCGUCAACUCCCAGGAAGGCACGUUCUGGGGCGAGAUCAUUGUCAAUGCCGCCGUUGCAUUUCACGUCAGUCAAAACGGGAUCCUGCCCAUGUUCCUCAUACAAAUCUGCCUGCACCACGAGGGGAUACGAAACUGGCACACGUUCCUGGGCUUCUUCGUCGAGUACCUGCUGGCCAUUGUGGCGACCACGCAAAAGGUCUACUUUCACGAUGCGUUCAACCUGUUUAAGCAGGAGAACAAGAUUGCGGCCUGUGGGCAGAAUCCCAGUCCCCGGAGUUAUUGUGCUUCUACCCAGGGCGUCGAGGGGCUGAGGCUCAACUUUUUCCCGCACCCGAUGCUGUAUAAGCUGGUGUUUCUGGUGCUGGAUACGAUUGCCAUUGUGAUUUUGGUGUUUGACCAGCUGAGUUGGACGCUGAGAACGCACCGGCUCACGAAGCACCUCACCAUAGGGAGCUAUCGCGUUGGUAGGGCACCGACGAAUGGGCGCCUGAAAUUGGCAUGGGUUCGCUUCAAGCAGUGGGUUUGGCGGAUCCUGGAGGUGAUUUACCUCGUUGUCAAUGUUCUGUAUUUGAUUUCGCUGGUCAGGGUCAUCAGUGUGGAUAGCUUCCAGGCGAAUAAGUGGUCGUACGGGCAGAUUAUAGCCAUGACGGUAUGGGGACCAGUCAUUGUCAAGUUGUUCGAUUUGGCGGUUUCUGGGCCGCCGAAGAACGGCCAACGACUCAACUCUGGUCCUCCGCGGCUACGAAUCGACAAUGUCAUCAACAGACGCCACGGGACGUCGGCAGACGAGGAGCUCGACGCCGAGGACGAAGCGUACGGAACUGGGAGGGAGCGUAGGAUCCCUGCGCCGCCGGAGCUAGAUUUGCGGCAGCGAACUAGGUCGACGAGGGAUGAAGAGGCUGAUUUGACGGAUGGGAUUAGCGAUGUUGGGGGUGGGGAUGAUGUCAAGCGGGUUAUGAGAUGA